GGCGCGGCGUGGAUCGGCGGUUAGUUUAUAUCUCGCACUGGCGGAGGGAGGAUGUGCCAUUUCUCUCUCUUGGUCUCCCGAGAUCUCCGCUGACAUGAACGAGUUGUGCUAACAGUGCGAGUUAAGGACGUCUGUGAGUCUGUGGUGAUAGCCGAACCGCAGCCAUGAGGGCCGCUGUGGCGAUUCACGUGCUGUGGAGUGUUGUGGCGGCGUGCGGCGCGACGUUCUUGUAUACGGCGCCGGAAAACUGUGACUGGACUUUGCGUGACGCGGUGCGGGAGGAGGUGACGCUUUCCUGCCGCCUCAGAACGAUUGGCAGUGACUUUGAUAGCAGUAACUUUUCGCUCUCACAGGCGGAACACGUGACUGAACUGCGAGUGUUGUGCAGUGACGUGUUGUUCUUUCAAUCAUCGCUGCAGCCGCGCGUGUUCCAGCGACUGUACAGCCUCGACACCCUCAGCCUCGAGCACUGCAAGCUGACGGAGCUGCGGCCGGGCACGUUCCUCGGCCUGGACGGUAUGCGGCGGCUGACAGUGCGUUCCCACAACAGUGACUGGAGCGCCAUGGCCCUCGAGCUGAAGACAGAGAGCCUGGUGGGAAUGCCGCACCUCGAGCACCUCGACCUGGGCCAGAACAACAUCUGGACGCUGCCUGGCCGAGUGUUCUGCCCUCUGCCAGCGCUGCGCCACCUCAACCUCACCUGGAAUCGCCUGCAGGACGUGUCCGAGGUGGGGGUGUCCGGCAGUUGUGGGGCGCACCUUGUUACCCUCGACUUAUCGGGGAACGACCUGGUGGUGCUCCCAGAGGCGGGGCUGGCAGGCCUCGACUCCCUCCGAGCGCUACAUCUGCAGUAUAACGACUUGUCUAUGCUGGCGGACGGGGCUCUGCUUGGACUGGCCUCCCUCAACCUCCUCAAUAUUUCCAGCAACCGUCUGGCGGCGCCCCCGGAGGUGUUCAACGAGACAGUGGGCCUGACGGAGCUGUACCUGCAGAAUAACAGCCUCAGUGUGCUGGCACCCGGCCUCUUCUCGGCACUCAGCCGCCUCACCGUGCUCGACCUCUCCAACAACCACCUUACCUCUGAGUGGGUCACCGCGGACACCUUCCGCGGCCUCCUGCGGCUGGUGAUGCUCAAUCUGAGCAACAACCGCCUCACGCAGGUCUCUGUCGACAUGUUCAGCGAUCUGUCAACACUGCAGGUACUGGACUUGAGCCACAAUGACCUGGCUGUGGUGGGCGACCUGACAUUCUCACCUCUGGCUAACCUUCACCGCCUCGACCUGAGCUACAACACGCUCGAGGCCGUGAUGAGCCGCAGCCUCGCCGGUCUGCACGUGCUUUCCUCCCUCUCUGUCGCCCACAACAACAUCACACGGGUGGCCACCGAUGCCUUCGACAACUGUACCAGCCUUCGUGACCUCCGCCUUGAGCACAACCUCCUGGAGGAGGUACCCGAGGCAGUGCGCGAGGCCACGUCGCUCAGAACACUCAAGCUAAGUCACAACCAGCUCAGCAGCGUUGCCCAAAAUGACUUCAGCGGACUGUCAGCCCUCAGGCACCUCGACCUCUCCAACAACUUCCUGAGGAGCUUAUGUAAGUCGUGUCUGGCUGAUCUGCAGGACCUGGAGGUGCUGGACCUGUCCAGGAACGAGCUGAGGGCGGUGCCUCAAGGAGCCUUCGAAACUAACACCAAGCUGCAGCUGCUGCGGAUGGAUGGCAACAAGAUGAUUGACAUCAACGGCCUGUUUGCCUCGCUGUCUAACCUGUUGUGGCUCAAUGUGUCUGACAACAGAAUCACGUGGUUCGACUACGCUCUCAUCCCUAGCCAGCUUCAGUAUCUCGACCUCCACAACAACAGGAUUGGUGACCUGGGUAAUUAUUUCAGCUUGGAGAGCCAGCUGGAGCUGAGGACGUUGGACGCCAGCCACAACCAGCUGGAGAGUCUCAGUGGCUCCUCUGUGCCGGACAGCGUCGAGCUUCUCUUCGUUAACAGCAACCGCAUCACCACCAUGGGUGCUGGCACUUUUCUCAACAAACACAACCUCUCCAUGGUGGACCUGUUUGACAAUCUCCUCAGCAAGCUUGAUCUCAACGCCAUCAGCCUCCCGCCGGUGCCAGAGGAACGGAGCCUGCCUGAGUUUUACAUUGGCGGGAAUCCCAUCUUCUGCAACUGCAACAUGGAGUGGCUGCACCGCAUGCACCAGAUUAGCGGCCUGCGCCAACACCCGCGCGUCAUGGACCUCGACAAGGUGACCUGCACGCUGCCUUACCCUCGGGGACAAGAGAACCGCGUCGCCUUCCUGGAGACGGAGCCCUCACAGUUCCUGUGCCCGUACAUUUCACACUGCUUCGCUCUGUGUCACUGCUGCGACUUCAUCGCCUGUGACUGCCAGAUGAACUGCCCCGAGGGUUGCUCCUGCUACCACGACGAGACGUGGGCCACCAACAUCGUGGACUGCUCAGCGCGGGGCCAUAACCACCUGCCUGACGACAUCCCGAUGGAUGCCACUGUGGUGUUCAUGGACAACAACGACAUACCGCUGCUCGACGCCCACCGCCUCAUCGGCCGGAAGAACCUGAUGGCAUUGUACCUUAACAGCUCGCGUGUUGAGAGAAUCCAGAACAGAACCUUCCACGGACUGUCGUCCCUCAAGCAGCUCCACCUGCACGACAACGUCAUCCAGGAGCUGCAAGGGUUCGAGUUCGAGCACCUGGAGCACCUGAGGGAGCUGUAUCUGCACAACAAUCGUCUGCGCACCGUCAACAACGCCACCUUCAUUGGCCUGCGCGCCCUGGAGGUGCUCAGGCUGGACGGCAACGCCCUCAUCGACUUCCCGGUGUGGCACCUUAAGCUGAACAAAGGGCUGAAGAGCAUGUCCCUGGCAGGCAAUCCGUGGUCGUGCCGCUGUCAGUACAUGGUCGACUUCAAAAACUGGCUCAUCCGGGAGACGGACGUGGUGCGCGACGCCCGAGCCAUUGCCUGCAUCUCCAGCGAGUCGGGGUUGACGGGGCCAUUCGUGCUGGAGAGCUCCUACUCAUGUGAGAACUUCGUGGCCACCUCCAUCGUGCAGGAAAAGCUGGAGAAUGACUUCCUGCAGCCGGUGCUCAUCACGCUGGGCCUGUUCUUUCUGGUGCUGGUGGUGGGCGUGGUGUUCGCGGUGUUCAGGGCACGUCUGAGGGCCGGUGUAUCUAAGAAGUGCGAUUUGAAGUGCUUCCCCUCGCAGCGCAAGCAGGCCAAGGAGGAAGAGGCAGGCCUGGUAUACGACGCCUUCGUCAGUCACAGCGAGAGGGACGCGCCUUUCGUCACGGAGGUGUUCGCCGCGGAGCUGGAGAAUGGUGAGCCGUCCUACAAGUUGUGCCUCUUCUCGCGGGACUACCAGACCGUGGGUAACUACGUUGGGGACUUCAUCAUGCAGUCCAUCGAGGCGAGUCACAGAGUCAUUCUAGUCUUAACUAAAAAUUUUCUGGAUCACGACUGGUGCAAGUUCUCAUUCAAGGCGGCGCACCUGGAGGCGCUGGAGGACCUCAAGAGCCGCCUGGUGGUGGUGAUGUUCGGCGACGUGAGUGAGGCUGACAUGGACGCUGACCUGGCAGACCUUGUGAAGGGCGCCACCAAACUACGAUACGAGGACAAGACAUUUUGGGCGCGACUCACUGCCACCCUGCCGCCCGCCGCCCCCGCCCAGCCCUGCUUCAUCACCGAGACAAACUACAUCAUGAGGAACAACGUGGCGGUGCUCACGCCGCCGCAAACCCUCAAGAGUAGCGGCAGCGGCAGGGGCAGCCAGUUGGUGUCGGGCCUGGUGCUCUCUCCCCCCCUCAAGGCCCCCCACGGGCGCCCUCCACCCCUGCACCCCCAUCCACACUCGCACCCCCACCAUCAGGUACAGCCGUCCCUCAGCAGCGACGGGGAGCUGGAUAAAACCUUCGUCAGCGUGGAGACCACCCAGUCCAGCCUCGCCCCGAGCAUCGCUUCCGCGCCCAGCCUCGCUCACUCCUACAUGUCCAUCGACUACGCCGCCGCCACCAGAAACUCCCACAUCUAUGCCUCCAUUGACGAGGCGGCGCCAACCCCACCCCCGUCCACCCUGCCGGCGGUACACAGCCUACUGCUGCACCACCACCACCACCAUCAGCAGCAGCAGCCGCGCCGACCCCUCACCAGCGCAGCGAUGCAGUCCUUCGAGCAACAGCAGCAGCAGCAGCAACAGCCAGUCGUGAGUUCGUCGUACUUCAUCUAGAACGACCCGGCGACGUGUCUGACGGAUGACUCGGGACGGACGUGACUCCCGGCAGGCGACUCCACCACCUACACACGCACCCGCGGACACGCACGCGCUCUCCCUGCUCCCACAGCCUCCACCUCGGUCCGCGCCGGGCUUUGUGCCUCCCUCCGCGCUGCUAACAAAGAGCAAACAGUGAAAGGGAAAAACACUAGAAAUUACACUCAACCACGCAAAAGAGGGAGGGAAAAGAGAGCCACAACACAGCACAACACAACAACAAGACGGAUAAAAAGCCCGGGACGGAGCAGGGCCGGGACGGAGCAGGGGUCCUGAUCUGACAGCAAGUGAGGGGAGGAAGGACUGAGGAGGACGAGGCGGGGGAGGGAGUGUGUUAAUAAUUCUUGGGCGAGUCUAGUCAGGCGAACGUUGGUGUGCCUAGUGCCUUUAUCUCCCAAGCCUUCUCGGGCGGUCCGGGUCGCUCACUCACCUUGUAAAUAGACUGUAUAAAGUGACUCUUGUAUAAACCUCGUGAUAUCUAUGGCCAAAGUGUGAUAAGAAAAUUUAGCAGCUUCAAAGUCAAGAGACGAGAACGGGUAUUUUUAUAUAAAAAGAUGAUAAUGCUAAAAAAAAUAAUAAAUAAAAGACGGAUGAUUUGCAA